AUGGCCGCCGAGCAGAGAAAGCUGCUUGAGCAGCUCAUGGGCGAGCAGUUGCUGGCUGGUCCUGGCGCAUCGCGCGCUCCUCAGUUGUCCAUCACUGAUCCAAAGGUGUGCCGCUCCUACCUUGUCGGCACCUGUCCUCACGACCUGUUUACCAACACCAAACAAGAUCUCGGUCUAUGUCCAAAGACCCACAGCGAAGCCUUGAAGUCCGAGUACGAAAAUGCAGACGAUCACCAAAAGCGCAAAUGGGGCUUUGAAUUCGACUACAUGCGAGACAUGCANAAAAUACAUCGACGAUUGCAACCGACGCAUAGACAGCGCUCAGCGUCGUUUGGAGAAGACCCCGAUGAGAUUCGCCAAACAAAUGCUCUUCUGAAACAGAUUGGCGAAUUGUCACGCAACAUCGAGGACGGUCUGAUCGAGGUCCAGAUCCUGGGCGAAUUGGGAAGUGUCAACACAGCCGUCACAGAAUACUUCCGUAUCAGGCAGCAAAAACAGUUGAAGGAGGACCGCGAACGUGAGCUCAAGGCUCUAUCAGACACUUCGGGUCCUUCAGGUCAUCAGAAGCUCCAAGUCUGCGAUGUGUGCGGCGCAUAUCUCAUAUACGAAGAUGCUAUUCAGGCCAGAAUCACGUGCGUCCGGACCAGCCAGCGUCAUAGGGGCAGCUUUGAUUAA